AUGGCUGACUCGGAUUUUGAAGAGAUUCGCCGCCUCCAGGCGGAGCGCAACGCGGCAAAGGCCGGAAAGCCUGGUUCAAAAACUUUUGAUCCUACCUCACAGCGUGAAUCUUCAAAACAAUCUUUGACAGACACAUUCGAUACGACCCUUUACGACCGCGCUGGUGGUGACAAGUUCGCUGGAUACAACACUUCCAUUCCCGUAAAUGAAGAAGAUGAUGAUGAUGUGGAUAUGGCUGGCGGUGACGGCACACGCAGGUUGGUUGGCCAGUAUACAGCCUCUAAAGAGCUAUUGAAUGAGUUUGCCGGCGCCGGUGAUGACGACACCGAUCUCAUGACUUCAAAGGCAAAGGGCGCCCAGAUUGCCGACAGAGAGACCGACUACCAGAAGCGAAGGUUUCAAAGACAGUUGACGCCAACACGAAAAGACGCGUUCAAGGAAGAUGGCGAGGGUCGAAGCUAUAGAGAGGUCAUGCAGGAGAAAGAAAUUGAAAGGGAGGAGGAAAGAGUUAGGCGGAAAAUAGAGGAAUCAAUGAAAAAAGAGGGAAACGGAGCUGACCGGAUGGAAGGUGUCGAGUACAAAGCAAGCCUAAAAGAAGAAUCGGACAGAGAGAGCUCUGCAACUGAUGGUACAAGGAAGAGGAAGAAGCGAUGGGAUGUAGCAGGCGACGAAGGUGCCGUGGCGAUCAAGGAAGAAGAUUCCAAGAAGCCACGAGCAAGCAGAUGGGACAUUGCAGCUGCCCCAGAUGCAACACCAGUGGUAAAGCGCUCUCGAUGGGAUCAAGCUCCAUCUCUUACUGCUGCUACACCUGUUGGAAAUCAGGGACUUGUGACUCCCAUGCACCCAUCUGUUUCUGCUACCCCUGUUCCUCACAUGCCUCUUACUUUUGGACAUGGAGACAGGAAUGCGCCUCUAUCGGAUGAAGAGCUCGACGAGAUGUUGCCUAGCGAAGGUUAUAAAAUUCUUGAACCCCCGCCGGGAUACGCUCCGAUCCGUACACCAGCAAGGAAGCUUAUGUCCACGCCGGCACCAAUGAACUCUACAGGCAUCGGUGGCUUCAUGAUGCAGGAACCUGAGAAUGCCAGGAUCCUCGGGAAGCAGAUGCCUGCGGAUAUUCCGGGGGUCGGCGAUCUUCAAUUCUUCAAGCCAGAGGAUAUGGCCUACUUUGGGAAGCUUGUUGACGGUGGUGACGAGAAUGCGAUGACUGUUGAGGAGCUGAAGGAGAGGAAGAUCAUGCGUCUUCUUCUCAAGGUCAAGAAUGGAACACCUCCCAUGCGAAAGACAGCAUUACGUCAACUCACUGAUAAUGCCCGCCAAUUUGGCGCAGGUCCGCUGUUUAACCAAAUUCUGCCUCUGCUUAUGGAGAAGACGCUCGAGGACCAGGAACGUCAUUUAUUGGUGAAGGUCAUUGAUCGUAUCCUUUACAAGCUCGAUGAUCUUGUCAGGCCGUAUGUGCAUAAAAUUCUGGUCGUCAUAGAGCCACUUCUGAUUGAUCAGGAUUACUAUGCGCGUGUUGAAGGUCGCGAGAUUAUCAGCAAUUUGUCGAAGGCUGCCGGUCUAGCGCACAUGAUUUCUACUAUGCGACCUGAUAUCGAUCACGUCGAUGAAUAUGUGCGAAACACCACUGCGAGAGCGUUCGCCGUCGUUGCAUCAGCGCUUGGUAUACCCGCAUUAUUGCCGUUCUUAAGGGCGGUCUGUCGCAGUAAGAAAAGUUGGCAAGCGAGGCAUACCGGUGUUAAAAUUGUGCAGCAGAUUCCUAUCCUCAUGGGUUGUGCUAUCCUGCCUCAUUUGAAGGGCUUGGUAGAGUGUAUUGGCCCGAACUUGGAAGACGAGCAGGCCAAGGUUCGAACUGUAACCAGUCUGGCCAUUGCAGCAUUGGCAGAAGCAGCUAGUCCAUACGGUAUUGAGAGUUUCGAUACCAUUCUUAAUCCUCUGUGGACCGGUGCGAAGAAGCAGCGUGGAAAGGGUUUGGCUGGCUUCUUGAAGGCGGUUGGAUACAUCAUACCCCUUAUGGACGAGGAGUACGCAAACUACUACACAUCUGAAGUAAUGGAGAUCCUUCUACGAGAGUUCCAGAGCCCUGAUGAGGAGAUGAAAAAGGUUGUUUUGAAGGUUGUCAGCCAGUGUGCGGGAACUGAGGGUGUGACUGCGGCAUACCUGAAGGAGAACGUACUCCCUGAAUUUUUCAAGGCAUUCUGGGUACGAAGGAUGGCCCUUGAUAAACGGAAUUAUCGUCAAGUGGUAGAGACAACAGUUGAUCUAGCCCAAAAAGUCGGGUGUGGAGAGAUUAUAGAGCGGAUCGUUGACCACCUUAAGGAUGAAAGCGAGCCAUACCGUAAAAUGACCCUGGAAAGUGUUGAGAAGGUCAUUGCCUCUCUGGGAGCAGCGGAUAUUGGUGAGCGUCUAGAGGAAAGACUGGUAGAUGGUGUAUUGUUUGCGUUCCAGGAACAGACUAUGGAGGAUAUCGUUAUGCUUAACGGAUUUGGAACGGUUGUCAAUGCUCUGGGUACGCGGUGUAAGCCGUACCUUCCGCAGAUUGUCAGUACAAUCCUAUGGAGAUUGAACAACAAGAGUUCAGCUGUCAGACAACAAAGUGCAGAUCUGAUUUCGAGAAUUGCUGUCGUUAUGAAACAAUGCGGAGAAGAUGCUUUGAUGGGUAAACUAGGUGUCGUACUUUACGAGUACCUUGGGGAGGAAUAUCCUGAAGUUUUGGGUUCCAUUCUAGGCGCACUCAGGUCUAUUGUCACUGUCGUUGGUAUCAAUAGCAUGCAACCGCCAAUUAAGGAUCUCCUUCCUCGAUUGACCCCUAUUCUUCGAAACAGACACGAAAAAGUGCAGGAGAAUACCAUUGAUCUGGUAGGUAGAAUUGCGGAUCGAGGUGCCGAGUUCGUAAGUGCGAGAGAAUGGAUGAGAAUUUGUUUCGAAUUGUUGGAUAUGUUGAAGGCGCAUAAGAAGGGGAUCAGACGAGCAGCGAACAACACAUUCGGGUUUAUCGCCAAAGCCAUUGGUCCCCAAGAUGUCCUGGCCACCCUGCUCAACAAUCUGAGGGUUCAAGAACGUCAAUCUCGAGUUUGUACAGCAGUCGCCAUUGGUAUCGUCGCAGAAACCUGUGCGCCUUUCACUGUACUCCCUGCCCUUAUGAACGAAUAUCGUGUCCCUGAGCUCAACGUCCAGAAUGGUGUUUUAAAAUCACUUUCUUUCCUCUUUGAGUACAUCGGCGAAAUGGCGAAAGAUUAUGUCUACGCCGUUACUCCUCUUCUUGAAGAUGCACUUAUCGACCGUGACCAAGUGCACAGGCAGACUGCUGCGUCGGUCGUCAAACACGUUGCACUUGGUGUCGUUGGCCUUGGUUGUGAGGAUGCUAUGAUGCAUCUGCUAAACUUACUUUACCCAAAUAUGUUCGAAACAUCACCUCAUGUUAUCGACAGGAUAAUCGAGGCCAUCGACGCAAUCAGGAUGGCAAUCGGACCUGGGUUGGUUAUGAACUACGUCUGGGCGGGAUUGUUCCAUCCUGCAAGAAAAGUGAGGACACCUUAUUGGAGACUGUAUAACAAUGCGUAUGUCCAGAGCGCAGACUGCUUAGUGCCCUUCUACCCAAAUCUGGAUGAAGAUCACCUGUUAAGGCACGAACUCUCGAUCGUCAUUUAA